AUUCCCAUCUACUACUGUUCAUCGAUCACAUUCCUCGUGCUUACCUACAAAUCCACAAAGUUCAAAUGUCCAGCAAAAACUAAAACAGUAGUCAGUGUAUAUAUGAACAGAUCACAAACACACCCUCAGAUCACCUCGAUCUAUCCAACGUUCACAUUAGAACACAUACAUGAUAGCUAAUUAAUGAACCCACUUUCUUUCCAUCACUAUAUAACCCAUUCUCCUCUUCUCUUUCUCUGUCACUACCACCAAAUCAAAUAAGAGAGCUAGGGAAUUAAGCUACCUGUAGUUAAAUAAACCCCCCCACCCCAUAUCAUAUAUUUUCGUACUGAGCUAGCUGCUGCUAAUUAUGGAAAUAUUUAUUCCCCACAAAACUGUAUCAUUGAUUAGAUCAUCCUAUUCCAAGGCCACAGCCUUUGUCUCUUUCAAUCUACUACUAAUAAUAAAUUUGGUGGUUUCUGGUAUGAUGAUCACAAAAUCAAGAGGUGAAAGUACAGGCACAGUGGGUGGAAUUUAUGUGUUUGGGGACUCAUUAGUUGAUGUGGGCAACAACAAUUACCUCCCACUUUCACUUCUCAGAGCCAAUCUUCCCUACAACGGCAUAGACUAUCAGGAUAAAAAACCAACCGGCAGAUUUUCCAAUGGCAGAAAUGCAGCAGAUUUCAUAGCUGAGAAAUUGGAGUUACCGACGGCGCCGCCGUAUCUUCGCCGGCGGGACAACGAGCUGUAUCUGAAAGGCGUGAGCUUUGCCUCCGGUGGUGCUGGAAUCUUGAACACUACCAAUGAAAACCUCAUUAAACAGACUAUACCAAUGCCUCUCCAAGUAAAUCAAUUCGGGAGAGUACGUGAAGGGCUGUUGAAGCAAAUGGGAGAUGCAGGUGUGCAAGAACACCUGUCGAAAUCACUCUUUCCAAUUGUGUUUGGAAGUAAUGACAUUCUAAGGUAUUUCAGUGAAGGGUCUGAACAAUCCAAAGAAUAUCUCCCACAGCAGUAUGUGGAUCUUAUGGUCUCCACGCUCAAACAAUUGCUCAAGGGAAUCCAUGGUCUAGGAGCUCGAAAAUUUUUAGUCGUCGCAAUACCGCCAUUAGGAUGUGCACCUAAACAAAGGCUCAAGAGUAAAACAGAUGCAUGCGACGAAGAAGUAAAUAACUGGUCGAAGAAGUACAACGAUGAGCUCACCAGAAUGUUGCCUAGCUUGCAGUUGGAACUCGGAGCUUUCCAUUACACAUACUUUGAUACUUACGGUGUCCUCCUCGAGCUGAUCCAAAAUGCAGCAGCUUAUGGUUUCAACAAUACGAAAGGCGCUUGUUGCGGAGCAGGAAGAUUGAGGGCAGAGUUACCUUGCACACCUCUUGCUGUGUUUUGCUUAAACAGAAGUGCACACAUCUUUUGGGACAUAUUCCAUCCGACAGAGGCAGCUGCUCAUGCUGCCAUUGAUAUACUUUUUAGAGGAUCUGGAAAUUAUGUAUUCCCCAUGACUAUCCAACAAUUGAUUGCCCUGUGAGUGAAGGGUUAAGAUAGCACACAGCCGACAAAAGGGCAUGCAAACAAGUUCUUCCAUAAUAGAAACUGAAUGAUUCUUCUCUAGCUGAGUUCUUCACAUCUGCAUUGAGUACAAAUUUAAGGAAGGCAAUAUAACGUCCAGUGUAAAUUAAUUCUUACCUUACAAACUGAGCAGCAACUUCAAUACCUGAGGUGGGU